CCUGAAUGCAGCAUCAGAGCAUCGCUUGUCCCUUCAGCUGCAUUGUCUCUCUUUCUGUAGAAACCAUCUACAUUAUUCACUCCUACGGAGAUAAAAAAAAAUGCAGUGUUUCAUAGAGGCCUUUUGACUUUUAAACUCCGAGCGUUAAUAUUUGCUCUAAUAGUGAGUUGACUGCACGCGCCUAGCUCCGGACUGGCUAGCUUGGUUAGCGCUCGCAAAGAUGAGCUCCAACACUCAAGUCAUCCAGGUGACAAACGUCUCACCGAGCACAACGUCCGAGCAAAUGAGGACUCUGUUUGGGUUCCUCGGAACUAUAGAGGAGCUAAAGCUUUUUCCACCUGAUGACUCUCCCUUGCCUGUGACUUCCCGUGUCUGUUUUGUAAAAUUCAAUGAGCCUGAGUCUGUCGGAGUGUCCCAGCAUCUUACCAACACCGUCUUCGUGGACAGGGCCUUGAUCGUGGUCCCUUUCGCCGAAGGAGUCAUUCCUGAUGAAUCCAAAGCGAUGUCUCUACUGGCUCCAGCCAAUGCUGUAGCAGGGAUGAUGCCAGGAGGAGGUCUUCUUCCAACUCCUAAUCCUCUGGCAUCGAUAGGCGCAUCCCCAUUUGGAGGUCUGGGGGCUCCCACUAUGGACCAGAUAGCUGCGAUGGGAAUCGCAGGGCCCAACAUAAACCCCCAGGCUUUCUCUACAGACUUCCUGAAGCUUAUGCAGUCUAUUGACCCAAAACUGAAUCCACUAGCGGCUGGAUUAAACCUGACCCCGGGGCUUAAAGCGGAUGCUGCCAACAAGGAGAUCGAAGAGGCGAUGAAGAGAGUCAGAGAAGCCCAGUCUUUGAUUUCUGCUGCCAUCGAACCUGGAAGUAAGAAAGAUAACAAACGCAAGCGUUCCAGAUCGCGUUCAAGGUCACGGCACAAACGGUCUAGGUCAAGAUCAAAACACAGAAGUUCAAACAGCAGGUCCAGACGCAGUUCUCAUUCUCGGAGCCGGAGGAAGUCUAAGAGCCCAAGAAGGAGGAGGAGUCGCUCCCGAGACAGAAGCCGUCGCAGUAGAUCCAGGGACAAGAGAAAAGAAGAAAAAACAAAGAAAAGAUCCAAGACGCCCCCUAAAAGCUACAGCAGUGCCAGGAGGUCUCCAAGCAUCAGUCGGAGGCGCAGGCGAAGUCUCAGUGCUUCCAGGACCCCAAGAAAAAGGCUCUCAAGGUCUCCCUCCCCUGGACGCCACAAGAAAGAAAAGAAGAAGGACAAGGAGCGUGAAAAGAACCGGGACAGGAGGGAAGACAAGAACCACACAAAAGACGAUCGAGAACGCUCCACCAGCAAGAAGAAGAAGAGCAAAGGCAAGGAGCGGGACCGCAAAUCCGACAGUGAGAAAGAUGUGAAAGUUACAAGGGAUUAUGAUGAGGAGGAGCAAGGCUAUAACAGUGAUAGAGGAGAGAAGGAUGAUGGGAGGAGCGAAUCCGAUUCUGUGUCGUCUGUCAAAGAUCAUGAGGAGGUGGAGAGAGACGCACAUCGAGCCUUUAAAAGAUCCGACCUGAAUGGAGGCGAUCACCACGAGGAGGACAUGGAAAUGAGCGACUAAAGACUUCCUGUCUGUCUGCCGAGUCCUUUUCCCUGUAUGGGCCACAUAAUGAUCGCCGUUAGCAGGGUUUGAUUUUAACACAAUAAUCAUCGAGGACGGACGGCCUAGAUGGGACCAUUUUUGUACAGAUAUUGAGAAAAGAUCGGGACUAAAACCAAAUUUUAAACUAUAAUUUAUCCCCCAUUUGUUUGGAGAUCAUGUUCAUUUUUGGUUUUAAUGCUGUUUUUAUUUUCAAAAAGCAGAAUAUUCGGUAUUUUAAGUAGGAUUUGUUUUCUAUCAUACCUGUCCGGAUUUUAUCCUUUUCCUAUCGUCAUUCAUCAAUCAGCACCAUGUUUCAUUUAAACUAUGGCAAAGUAAGAAUUUAACAGAAAAUAAACUUUUAAUCA